UCUGUCAAUCUUUUUAAACUUCAACAACACACCAUCAUGACCUUGUGAUACCACCUGUCUGUCUCUCACUCUCUCUCUCUACAAUUUCCAAAUUUCCCCUCCAAUAUACCCGCCAUUUUCUCCGUAAAAUCACCGCUACAACCAACUGACUACAAUCACCCAACACAACCUGUAGAUUCCACCAUUGACAAUGCAGCAGUUCACCUUUCAAGAUCACAAUUUCAACAUCACCAGCAGCCAAUCCAGAUCCAGCUAUGGCGGUGCUGGUGCUCGAGACGCUAGUCCUGACUCUGUAAUUUUCUCCAAUUUUAGCCUCUUAUCUUCUUCCGCUUCUGCUAGCGUUGAUCGAUGCUCUUCUGCUUCCGAUGUUGUUGAUCGUGAUUCUCUCGUCUCCGCAAUGUCUCUGCAUUUGUCUGGACGUGCUUUUCGUGAUUUUUCCACCUCCAGGGGUCCAGAUCUAGAUCCAAACAAUGAUUCCACAGUGCAUAGCAGAAAAGUGGAAAAAGCAAAAUCUAUAAUAGAUGGUGAGAAUAAUCAAACCCUGGAUUCAGCAAGAAGCUCCUUCUCUCAGGCUGUAAAAGAUUGCCAAAACCGGAAGUCUAGAUCUGAAAUUCUUCGGAAGAAGUCUGACCGGAGAAGACCUCCAUCAUUGGAUCUGAACAAUCAGUUGCCGAAUAUGACUAGUUCUUCUCCAAGACUUCCUAUGAAAAGCUCUGUUUCAAACAGGCAAACUAGUAUGUUCCCGAGUCCAGUAACACCAAAAUACAGUCCUGCAAACAGCGGGAUUCAGAAAGGUUGGAGUUCAGAACGUGUGCCGUUGCAUACAAAUACUAACCGGAGGCAGGUGAGUUCUGUAUUAACGUCUUAUAAUAGUGGAAAAACAUUGCCUUCAAAAUGGGAAGAUGCCGAGAGGUGGAUAUGUAGUCCAGUUGCAGGAGAUGGUGCUUUUAGGCCUUCGGUUAAACAGCCGCAAAGGCGGCCCAAGGCAAAGAGUGGGCCGCUUUGGCCUCGUCGAUCUGCAUACAACAACUCCACGUAUUCCCCGACAGUGCAUAUGUUUGACGGAGGGUCAGUGAAUCUUGGGAGUUUAUUCCCGGGAUCACCAUUUUCAAGUGGAGUAAAUGCUGGUGAUGGUUUGUCCGUUAGGUAUCACAAUCAACUUGACAACAGUGGGAACUUCCCUUCACUUAACGAGCCUUGUUUGGCAAGAUCACUCAGCUUACAUGGUUGCUCUGAAUCGUUGAGUGAGUCAUUGUUGCGUAUAACUCAAGAUGGUAGGACCGGCUGUGUGACGGAUGCUGCUACCAACAUAUCUCGUGAUGUUUCACGAAGAGAUAUGGCAACCCAAAUGAGUCCUGAUGGUAGUCCAUACUCGUCUCCUAGGAGGAGAAACUCAAACUCUAUCUCCAUGUCAACAUCUAUACUACCUGUGGAGGAGACGCGUUCCUCUAAAGCAGAAAUGCGGGAUGUACAGGUUGAUGAUCAGGUCGGUUUCUCAAGAUGGUCUAUGAAAACAAGAUCUCAAAUUCCAGCUAGGCGGUCUGCCUCAGAAAUGAUGGAUGGCUGGAAAAGAAAAUCCCUCGAGGCUCGUUCUGCUGAUUGGGAUGUUUCAGAGAUGACAAAAAACCUCUCAAAGGUGAAACGAGAGGAAGCUAAAAUUACUGCUUGGGAGAAUUUACAGAAAGCUAAAGCAGAAGCAGCUAUACGGAAACUUGAGAUGAAACUGGAAAAGAAGAGAUCAUCGUCGAUGGAUAAGAUAAUGAAUAAACUAAGAUCAAACCAGAAAAAGGCUCAAGAAAUGAGAGGGUCGGUUUUAUCUAAGCAGACUCAUGAUCAAGUUUCUCCCAGAUCUUCUUCUUCAUCUUCUUCACACAAGGUCAUAUCGCUCAUCAGGACUCCACAGAUAGGUUCCAUAAGCGGCUGCUUUACCUGCCAUGCAUUUUGACAAGAUGUUUAUGUUCUGUGAACUAUGUAAGACGUCUCAGAAGAUUUUCGACCAUCUAGUUCGCUGGUGAUCGACUGCUCCUUAUUUUACCUAAAGGUAUCCCUACUAACCUACGAUUAAUACAUCAUGUAAUAUGUGUUUCCUAUAUGUAAUAACUAAACAAACCGUUACAAAGUAUUUUUGACGAUGGUCAUAUAUAGCAACCGCCAACAGGAGAAGACAACAUUUUGUAACCUGUGGUAUUGUACUAAAGAAAUCAAUUCUGAAUGGGUGAGAGCUAUGGCUUGAUGGUUGCGCAUAAGACUAGGCAACCGGAAGGUCAGGGGUUCGAACCUAGUUUGGGGAGAUAGUUAAGUUCA